GAAGAGGACAAGUCGCAGUGUGGUUCACUGGUGACGCGGAUCAAAUUCCUGGUGGAAGGCAACUACACGGCGAACUUCCUUGCCGUGGUAGUGCUAUUUGAUGCUUACUGCACGGCCAAUGACAUCGACAGCCGUGCCGCUGGGGUGCCUACAUCCCAGUUCAUCCU